UACCAGGCAGUGUUGAUGUCCCUGACCAGGACUCAGACUGAGCACAUGGACAUGGUCCCUGGGCUUCUGUUGGCUGCCUACCUGAGCACCACUGCUCGGCUGCACGGAAACGUCCUGUUCGAGGUGACCAUGACGGAAGCAGAACUGUUGCUUCAGGAAAAGAAAAAGAAGAAAAAGAACAAGAAACACCGACCAGAGUUGGCGCCAGAACCUUGCAGUCCUCAAGAGACAGCCACCGAAGUGGACUCUGUCAAGACACACAAACACAAGAAGAAGAAGAAGAAAUCAAAAGGACCUGAGGAAGAUGACUUUACACCAGCUGAGGUUCCAUGUGGAAUUAAUGAAGUAAAAAAGAAAAGAAAACGUGAAACAGAGAACUUAAACGUGACACGAGUGAUGACGGAAGAGUCUGCAGACGUUGCUGUUCCCCAGGAGGAAGAAGUGAAGAAGAAGAAGAAGAAGAAAAGGAGGAUUGAUGAGACGGUCUCCGCUGGAGAGAGCACAGAGGCAGACGUGUCGCCCACGCUGUUGCAAGUGGACAGUGAGGCAUGUUACGUCCCCCUUACGUCCUCCCAACAGAAUCCAGCCAAGAAGAGCAAGUCGGAGAAGACCAGAAAAAACGCACGAGACAUGACACCUCACCUGGAAGAUGCUGUGGUCCAGGAGCUCAAGGAGUUUUUGCCCGACUUCCCGUUUCAUAACCUCAAGAAGGUGUUGAGUGUCAUCAAGUACGACCUGCCCCGCUUCAGAGAGUUCAAGAAGCAAGGUAUCCCUUUGCGCUCCGGGAAGUUCACUGCCUCCGAGAACAAGAAGCUGCAGCUGAAUGUGAAAAACUUCCUGCUGAGCAGCGGGAUUGAUAGCACGGUAAAGCUGUUCAAACCACACCGCUUCCCGGAUGAGAUGUCUACCAUCAGGAGAAAGAAGAGCCAGCUUGGGUUUGUUCAUAGCCUCUGUGCUGGGAUACCUCGUUGCUGGUUCACUAUCCUCGCACGAGCCAGGAAGAUGUCUGACGAGGAGAAUUACAAGGGAAGGUUUACAGAAGACGAGAACGAGGCCUUGAAGGAGCUGCACACACGGCAUGGGACAGACUGGUUGACCAUCUCAGACAAGAUGGGCCGCAGCAACGUAGCUGUGCUGAAUCGCUUUGCCAUGAUGUCUGAGGGUCAUGGGUUAUGGUCGGAGGUAGAGAUGAAGACGCUGUUGACCAGCGUACGGCAGCUGCUGCUGGAGAGGGCGGAGCCUGGUGCGGACGGCUCCUUGAUCAUCAAGAAGAGCGACCUGUACAAGAAGCUGGCCUGGGUGUGUGUGGCCAAGCAGCUGCAGACUCGAAGCUUUCUGCAGUGCAGGGUGAAAUGGAUGGAAUACCUCACAAGAAGAAUGACGACUGGAGGAACGAUCAAAGGGAGGAAGAGCCUAAAUGGGCAAAUCCAGCUGAUCAAAGCACUCAAUGAAAUGGCUGUGGAGGACCCUGCAGACAUCGUCUGGGACGACCUGACUCAUCUCUUCGGGAACACUCCUCCUGACUAUCUCCGAAUGAGGUACUACCAGCUGAGGCUGACCUAUGUCCCGGGCUGGAACACCAUGCCUUUCUGUGACGUCAUCGAUUUCCUGUAUGGGAAGGUGCUGCCCCAGCUGGAGGCUCAGCUGGAGACGUGUGAGGAGGAGGACACGCCCUGUGAAGAACGCCAGACCUACAAGCUGUCCGAGAUCUUCCCCGACUCCUGACCCCCCUAGCGUGUGUGUGUGUGUGUGUGUGUGUGUG